GUGCCAUCAAGUAGACGAAGAAAAGAAAAAAAAGGAGAAGAAGAAACGUUCGUUGCUGUGUGCGCGAACCGCAGCAGCUCAGUUCGCGUUCGGGCAUGCAUUGUGAUUGUUUCUGCGGAGCGAGCUGCGUCUAGUGCGUACGGUACAAAGGCUUGCUUGGUGUAUCAGUCCGUCGAACGAGGGUGCUAAUAUUUGCACAGCAUUGGACGGAGCCGUUUGAUUGAGAAAAAAGGGGAAAAAAGGACCAGCAAACAUUUCAGUGAAUGGACGGCAGCGCACGUGAGCAGCAACAAAGUGCAACCAUUGUCCGGUAAUUAGCUGGCGCCGGAGGACGAACAGGCGCACCCACACACACCCACACAACGGCAGUAGAAUGCCGGUCGCAUUAAAUGGCUCCCUUCCGCUACCGUCGGUGCGCGUCUACACAAGCGUCACCGUGUUGCUGAUGUCCGUGUGCCUCUACUACGCGCUCAUCGUAACCAGCGAUCCUAACUGGCGGCAGCACACAAACACAACGACACCGGCGGUCCCAUCGCCGGGGACAACAGUGACGACGGUGGUGGGCGGUUCCGGUGCGUCCCCGGGCCCCGGUGUCCUUGAGGGUGCGGUUGAGGGUGCCGGUGGGAAGCUGGAGGUGGUGGGUGCGGGUGGCACACCACCAACCGUCGCCGGUGGAUCCUUGCUGUCGGUGAAGGAGAUCGACACGCUCGAGGAGAAGAUACUGGCCGCGGCCGAUUUGUCCGAUCUGCGGCAGAUGCUGCGCGGUGCGGAUGAGGAACCCCGGGAGGGAGUGCAGGAGAAGGAGGAGGAAGAGGAGGAAGAUCCGGAUGAUGGGUGGGAGGAGACGGUGGUGGGUAACGACACGCGCACGGUCGUUGCGUACCUGAAGGAUACGGUGUCCUUUAUGGCCUCGGAACCGUUCUGCAUUUGGACGUUAAUCAACACGGCGUACUGUUGCCUGAUACUGCUCGGUAAAUCGAUACAGAAGUUCGUCUUCGGUGAGCUGCGGAUAUCUGAACAGCAGCACAUGAAGGACAAAUUUUGGAACUUCAUCUUCUACAAGUUCAUCUUCGUCUUUGGUGUCGUCAACGUGCAGUAUCUGUACGAGGUCAUACUGUGGGUGUCAUGGUUCUCGGCCCUCGGAUUCCUACACCUGCUGUCGCAGCUCAGCAAAGAUCGGUUCGAGUAUCUGUCCUUCUCACCGACAACACCAGGAUGGUCGCACUUCCGGCUGAUAUCGCUGCUCGUCGCGAUCCUCACACUGUCCGGGCUGAUGGUGAUAAUCUCGAUCGGUGUCGGGGUGUUUUUCGGUGGCUUCAACACGUUCGCCUUCAUGGCGGCUGAGUGCAUCCUUCUGGGAAUCAGGACACUGCACGUGCUGAUACGGUACGGAAUGUUCCUGCACGACAUGCGCCAGGGCGGAAUGGCGAACGAAUCCAUCUCGUGGGAUAAGCGUGGCCCAGUGGCGUAUUACAUCGAGCUGACGUUCGAAGUUGCCGCUCUGAUCGUCGAGCUGGUUCACCAUCUGCACAUGAUGCUGUGGAGUAACAUCUUCCUGUCGAUGGCGAGCCUGGUGAUACUGAUGCAGCUGCGGUAUCUGUUUAACGAGAUCCAGCGGAAGAUCAAGAAGCACCGCAAUUACCUCUGGGUGUUGAACCACAUGGAGAAGAGCUACCCGUUGGCGACGAGCGAUGAUCUGAAGCAGAAUUCCGAUAACUGCGCCAUCUGCUGGGAGAAGAUGGAAACCGCCCGGAAGUUGCCCUGUGCGCAUCUGUUUCACAACUCCUGCCUCCAGUCCUGGCUGGAACAGGACACAUCCUGCCCCACGUGCCGGUUGGGGUUGAGCGUGCACCAAAACGGAGGACCCCGGGGAAGCCCACUGCUGCCGGAUGACAUUCGCAUCGACGAUCAGGACGGUGCGGUCGGUGGUGGCCCCGGGCGGACGGCAAACAAUCACUUCUUCCACUUCAAUGGCUCGCGGUACGUGUCCUGGUUGCCAAAUUUCUCCGUCGAGGUGACGCACAUCAACAACAUGCUGCGCCCGUCGGACACGCUACCGAUCGCGGCAGCGGCCGUUGGCAACCACACCUCGCAGGUGCGCAAUAUGGCACGUCACGUGCAGGAGAUGUUCCCGCGCUACCCGCUGUCCGUGCUGAUCGGUGACCUACAGAUCUCGCGCUCGAUCGAGGUAACGAUCGAUAACAUUCUCGAGGGCCGGCUGCAGGUGCCAACGGGUGGGACAGGGAAUGACGAUGAGCAGACCGGUGGUGGGGACGGUGUUGCGGGUUCCGGGACGUUUUCGUACGAUGGUGCGAUGGCGAGUGGUGUUGAUGGGGAUCACGGGGAUGAUGAGCUUUCCGGUGAGCUAUCAUCACGAUCGUUACCCAACUCGUCGUCCGGAUCGUCGUUAUCGUCAUUGUCCGCACCGGCUGGUUAUGAGGUUGAGCGAGGCACAAACAUUUUUGGUAGCUAUGAUACGCUGCUGCGGGAUGAUACGAUGGAGGAGCCAGCAGCAGCUGCCGCGGUCACCAUGCAGCUUGGAGAACGGUUUUCUAAGAGUCCGGAAGAGAGGGAGAAGAUUCUGCAGCGGCGUAAGGAGCAGCUGCUUGCGGUGGCUCGAAGAAGAUAUCUGGAGAAGAACAAAUCCAAGCUGAACCAUCAUGCCUCGUCGGUUUCAUCGGCAUCUACGUCGUCGUCGUCGUCCAGCAGCACAGUCGUUAGGCAUCGAAAUAAGAGCUGUAUGGAAACGACGACGCCAGUGCCGAUGGCGGGCACGUCUAGCUCUAGCAAUGGUAGUGAAACCCAGCACCUAAACCCGUCCUCAAUGGCCAUCCAGUACCAUCAGCAGUUUUCCACAGAACGCCAGCAUCAUACGCAACAGCAGCAGGAGCAUUCGGAUAGCAGUUUUUGAAGAGGGAAGUGUCCUUACUUCCCACGAUGCCGUUUCGAAGAAGAUGGCGGGUUCCGUCAAAGGGCGAUGAAAAAUUGUUCAAUCGUGACCAAAACUAGUAUCUCCUGAUGGAUGUGCGUAUGUAUACGAGGGUCAAGGCACCGAGGGCGUCGAAUGAUCAUCGUCAAAUGCAUCGCGUCCAACAGCAACUUCAAAAAACAAGAAAAGAAAAGAACUGUUCCUUGUGGCGGUGGUGCUGUGAAGUUUUUAAGUAUCUUUUUUUUAAUCAUAGACGAUUUCUCGCAGUGUUUCUUUUAGUUUAAAUCUUUCAUUUAGCGUGUAGUACAUUAGUGAAAUGAGUUCUUCCUGCAAACUUUUUCCGGGAGUGCAGCUAGAAAACAGAAACUAUCGACACUAGUGUAUCGAUAGUGUUAAGAUGCGUUUGAACGAGUGGAGAAUGAAAUGCUUUUUAACGAGUAUGAGUUUUAGGAGAAAACAAAAAAACAAACAAAAUCAUCAAGGAUGAGCUUAGAUUAUUCGCCAAAUAUAAAGAGGAAACAAAUCAAGCAAAAGAAAAUGGAUAAAGAACCCACGGGAGAUGAUGGAGCACGUUGGUGUUUGUCUUCUUUGUCAGCAGAUUUUCCGGUUGUGCGAAAGUAACCUACCCUUCAGCGGAAGGCGAGUCAAACAAACAAACUAAGGCAAAAAAAUGAACUGUUGUGAUGAUAUUUAUUUUCUAGGAACAAAGAAAUAAAUCAAUUGAUUUAGAACGGAAGAGAACACAAAUCA